AUGCCGUUCUUUCCAACCGAGCGUUUUCGGCGCUGGGAAGACGAUGGCACCGGCACGCUGUGGAAGCGGUUCCCAGAAUCAGAGGGCGUAUUCCUUGGCCGCCGCUAUGUUGCGGGCGCCUUGAGAUUUUUGCGUCCGGUGCGGGGUGCGUCGAGCGCCGGGUAUGCCAUCAUCAUCGCGGAUGGCAAUGGCGGCUACGUGCAGGUUGCUGAUGCCCACGAGGAGACCGACUUUUGCGAGAUGCUGCAAAAGCUGAACUCCACGGCAUGUGACGUUAUGGCUGUGGCCAUGACUUGCGCGGACCAAAUGCAGCUGCUGCACAGGGUGAUCGAGAAGGCCAAGCAGGUCCCCCAGCCUUCCGCUGCCAUGGCCCACGAGCUUUCUGAGAUCGAAAAGCUGGAGAGGACUUUGAAGCAGAGGGACCGGGAGCUCGCGGAGUCUCAGCGAAAGUUGCGGCAGCGGGAGGCUGAGCUCCGGGAUGCCAAGGAGCAGUUGCUGCUCCUGCAAGGUCGGCUGAGCCGGCGCCAGGAAGCAGAGGAGGAGUUUGUGGCCGGUGCUGCGGUGGAAGCCCUGAUGACGGCCGAUCCGGUCGGCUCGAAGCGAAGCGGGCCGUUUGGCGUGCCUUCGCGGCCGAGUCUGGGGCCGUGCCAACCCCCCGAAGCGAAUCUGAAGGACUUGCUGGAGGUGGAUGGGGACUUGUCGGAGGUGCUGCUGCGUGGCAGGGUCUUCAGGGAGAGCCCGGCAAUGGGCUUUUGGCAGCUGGCGAAGGCCAGCUACAACCACCACAGCAGUGGCCACGUGGAGGAGGACGGCAAGCUGUGGCUCGUGGUGGCUGAGGUGCAGCGCACAAACACGCGGGUCAUCGCCCGCGAGAGCUCUCCGGGCGCGGUGGAGCUGGGGUUUCGUGGCACGGUGUCUGAGGAUUCGGGCGGAGCGUCGCAGGCCAACUGGGCCUCCAACCUGGACUCCGAACUGGUCAGCCUAGAUCCGAGGUUCCACCGAUCCAAAGUCGGAAGUCCCCCGAAGGUCCACAAAGGUUUUCAGGAGGCCUACGGUGCGGUGGCCUCGCAGGUCGUCGCCUGGCUGCGCGGCGUCGGACGCGGCAGGGACGUGCGCCGGGUGCGUUUGGCGGGGCACUCGCUGGGGGGGGCGCUGGCCACCUUGGCGGCGGUGCACUUGGCAGAGGAGUUCAACGUGGAGGUAGUGGUCACAUUUGGCAGUCCGAGGGUGGGUGCUGAGGACGACUUCAGAGAGCUCUACGCUCGCCUGGGCUUGGCGCGGCGCACGGCGCGCUUCUGCAACGCCGGGGAUCCGGUCUGCCGCGUGCCACUGGAAAGGUGGGGCUUUGUGCACGUGGUGCAAGAGAAGGCUUUGGGAAGAGCACUGCCGUUGCUGGGGCUCCACCCAGACAGCCACUCCAUGGAGGGCUCCAAGUCCUACUUCCGCACCUUGCGCGAUGCGAUCGAAGGCCCAGCCUUGUGCUCCAAGACGAUGAGUGCUGCCUGUGCUGUGUCCACCGUUGUGGAGGUGGCUGUGGCUGCCCGGAACACGCCGGCGACACUCGAAGGGGGUCUGCGCUUGGCCGGAGAACUGCUCAUCAAGCCGCUGAUCUCAGAAAAGAUCGCGAUGGCGGCGGAUGUGUGCAGGAUGCGCCAGGAGAUGAAGGUCGACAUAGCGCAGGUGCGCGCGGACUGCUCUGCGCUUGUGGAAGGCAUGAACCGCGCCGAGCGGAGGCUGCAUGAGGCCAUCAGAGAAACCCAGCACUGGACGUGGCUCGUAAGCUCGGUCUCGGUCGCUGAGACCAUCGACAGGCACAUGAUUGACCUGCCGCCAUGGAGCCGGGCGGGCUCGGGCAGUGCUUGGUUCCUGAUGCUCACAGAGCGCAGAGACCAGAUGCUGAAGGCGGCUGAAGCGGAGCAAGCAGACCCAGGAUCACAGCUCGCCUCCCAUUUCCUGAAGCUGUUUUUGCGGAUGGGGGAGCUGGUGGUGCUUGCUAUGCGCCAAACUGGAGCCAGCGACAAGGCCGUGGAGAGGGAGGCGGGGGCCUUUCGCAGCAAGUGCCAGGGGUUCUUGCACGCGGAUUGCGUGGUAACCUGGGCGGAGGUGGUGGCAAGUCUGCAGAGCCUUGGCAGUUCCGGCCACAUGUGGCACGGGCUGCCCUUAGCUCACUGGAGCGCUGCGGCCAAAAACGUGCUGGAGGAUCCCUCAAGCCUUCAACUCGACUUCAAAGAGGUUUUGGAGGACAGUUGGUUCAAGGAUCUUCUUUCCAGCAGCCUUUUUCAAUAUCCCUGGACCACUUUGCGCCUGAACAUCGCGAAGCAGAACUUCCUCACGGACGCGAGCUUGGAGGCCCUGGCCGACAAGCUGCCACCGAGCCUCACUGCUUUGCACUUGCUGUUUCGCAGCAACAUCAGCUUUACGGAUGUUGGGCUGCAGAGGCUGGCAAGCAAACUGCCGUCUUUGACUCUCCAGAGCCUGCGCUUAGACUUCCACUCCAAUCAGCAAUUCACCAACAAAGGGUUGCUGGACUUGGCGAAGUCUCUACCAGAGGACCUUAAGGCUCUGCACUUGAACUUUCACCACAACACCAACUUCACGGAUGAAGGGCUUCAGAAGUUAACCAGCAAGGCGCGGAGCCUGGUGUCCAUGCACCUAGGCUUCCACUCCAAUCAGCGGUUCACAGACGUGGGGCUGCAGGGGCUGGCAAGCCAGCUGCCACCGAGCUUGGCGGAGCUCUAUUUGGAUUUUGGCUCCAACGAGAACUUUACGGAUGCGGGCCUGCGGGGACCAGGCGACACUUCGCAUCUGGACUUCUAUUACUCCAUGGACUAUGGGGCGGGAUCCCCCCGGGGGCUGGCAGACUGCCUGCCACCCAAGCUGACCAACCUGCACCUGGACUUCGGGUGCAAUGCGAACUUUUCGCCGGCGAGACGCGAGUUCUUGAGGCUUGUGGAUGUGGCUCAAUCUUUGCAGUCUGGGAGGCAGAACGAGAGCCAACACAGGGCCACUGCCAGACGCAGGAGCCUCGCGCGAGACCCGGGUCCUCGACGCUCCCAGCUUCGAGGAGAUGCUGGCGCUCUCAAAGGCUGGCCAGCGCAUCCUCCACAGCCUGGAGGACAGGCAGUCUUCAGCUGCCAAGUGGAGUACCUCGCUUGGAUUCAGAAUCCAGGCCCGAAGAGUAGGAAGACAGCGCUGGAGCAGGGCGAGGAGAUGCUGGCAGAGCAAGACGCCCUGGACGAGCGGGAGCGGCUCGUGAGAUUGGUGAAGUCAAAAUCAACGCCGCCAGAUCCGUUCAGGAGCCACAUCGCCGGCAACAUCAAGCAGCGGCUUGUCGAGUCAGCGCACCACGACUCAAAGGAGGGGCUGGCCAUCAACCAGAGAUGCUUGAACAUCCGCAAGCAGCUGGCGGGCAUGAUCAACGCACGCAAGGAGCUGGCAUCACUGCGCGCCAAGGUGCAUCUGAUGGUGGAGGAUCAGUUCCUGCCGCGACAUUGGGACGGAUAUCCUGAGCAGAUGCAGCUGGAUUAUUUUUGA